AUGAAGAGGGUGCUUCAAUCCUUCAUUGAGUGGCGAGAAGACAAGGACGAAAUGGACAUGACUGAGACAAUGACGACGGCAAACGACAUGUAUGGGACUGCGACUAUGACGACAAACGACACAAAUGAGACUGCGACUAUGACGACGGCAAACGACACGAACCUGACUGCGACUACGACGACGGCAAACGACACGAACGUGACUGCGACUAUGACGACGGCAAACGACAAGAAUGGGACUGCGACUAUGACGACGGAAAACGACACGAACGUGACUACGACUAUGACGACGGCAAACGACAGGAACGUGACUGCGAUGAUGACGACGCCAUAUGACAUCGACAUGACUUAG